CCAAGAUGGCGCCCCCAGGAGCUGGGAGCGGGUGACCGGCGACGGGGAAGCGGCCUGGGUUGGCCCUCAGAUUACGGGGUCUCGGGGGCGUCUCGUCGGGCACCCCCUGACCCACCUACAAGGCCUUCCCCGGGCCAGAGCAAUGGCCGCCGAGAACAGCAAGCAGUUUUGGAAGAGGAGCGCCAAGCUGCCGGGGAGCAUCCAGCCUGUAUAUGGAGCACAGCACCCUCCUCUGGACCCUCGGCUCACCAAAAAUUUCAUUAAAGAAAGGUCAAAAGUCAAUGCUGUUCCUCUGAAGAGUAAGAAGGCCUCCAGUUUUCAUGAGUUUGCCCGGAAUACCAGUGACGCUUGGGACAUUGGCGAUGAUGAGGAAGAGGACUUUUCCUCACCCUCCUUCCAGACUUUAAACUCAAAAGUUGCUUUGGCAACUGCCGCUCAAGUCCUAGAAAAUCACAGCAAGCUAAGGGUAAAGCCAGAGCGGUCGCAGUCAACGACAUCUGACGCCCCUGUGAACUACAAGGUCAUCAAGUCCAGCAGCGACGCCCAGCUGUCCAGAAACUCCAGUGACACAUGCCUGAGGAACCCACUCCACAAACAGCAGUCACUCCCUCUCCGACCCGUCAUCCCCCUCGUUGCCCGGAUCUCAGACCAGAAUGCCUCUGGGGCCCCUCCGAUGACGGUCCGCGAGAAAACCCGCCUAGAAAAGUUCCGUCAGCUGCUCUCCAGCCACAACACCGACUUAGAUGAACUGAGGAAGUGUAGCUGGCCAGGUGUUCCCCGGGAGGUGCGACCUGUAACCUGGAGACUCCUGUCGGGCUAUCUCCCAGCAAACACGGAGAGGAGGAAGCUGACUCUGCAGCGGAAGCGUGAGGAGUAUUUUGGCUUCAUCGAGCAGUAUUAUGACUCUCGGAAUGAGGAACAUCAUCAGGAUACCUACAGACAGAUUCACAUUGACAUUCCAAGGACGAAUCCUCUCAUUCCAUUGUUCCAGCAGCCACUUGUGCAGGAGAUCUUUGAAAGAAUUCUAUUUAUUUGGGCCAUCCGACAUCCUGCCAGUGGGUAUGUCCAGGGAAUUAAUGACCUGGUCACUCCGUUCUUUGUCGUCUUCCUCUCAGAAUAUGUGGAAGAGGAUGUGGAGAACUUUGAUGUGACCAACUUGUCUCAGGACAUGCUGCGAAGCAUCGAGGCCGACAGCUUCUGGUGCAUGAGCAAGCUGCUGGACGGCAUCCAGGAUAACUACACCUUUGCACAGCCAGGGAUCCAGAAGAAAGUCAAGGCACUGGAAGAGCUUGUCAGCCGGAUCGAUGAGCAGGUGCAUAACCACUUCAGGAGGUACGAGGUCGAAUACCUGCAGUUCGCCUUUCGCUGGAUGAACAACUUGCUGAUGCGGGAGCUUCCCCUUCGCUGCACCAUCCGCCUGUGGGACACUUACCAGUCUGAGCCAGAAGGGUUCUCUCAUUUUCAUCUCUACGUGUGUGCAGCCUUCUUGAUCAAGUGGAGGAAAGAGAUCCUGGAUGAGGAGGACUUUCAGGGGCUGCUCAUGCUGCUGCAGAACCUGCCCACGAUACACUGGGGCAACGAAGAGAUCGGGCUGCUGCUCGCCGAGGCCUACAGACUCAAGUACAUGUUUGCCGACGCCCCCAAUCACUACCGCCGAUAGGUGCUGUCUCCCCCUGGGGACCCAGACUGCCCCAUCACUGAUGGCAAUCUGAUCACCGUGGCCACUGUGCGAGCCGCGGACCCCGGCCAGGAACCACUCGUGCUGUACAAAGCUCACACCCACCGCCCAGGUCUUAACUCGUUGGCAUCCAGCACUCCAUGUCUCUGGAUGCAUCUCUUGGACCACUGUCAGUAUUCCACGCUGUGCGGAUGGGCCCAGCUCUGGGAGAGGACUGAAGAGGAGGUACAGGGUUGUCUGCCCCUUCAAAACAAACUGGACAAAAGAAGGGGAAGGCUCAGGGUCCCCAUUCACAUUGUCCCUACGUGGGCUGGCUGUGUCUCUGCCUCCAGGCCCCAACUGAUACUGUUGCUUUUUGUGACUUAGUUUGAUUUGAUCACAGGUCAAAAACACCUAUGUUUUCAAGUCUCCCGGCCCUCAUCCCUCUCCCUGGUUUCCUAGCCCUUCCCCUUCUGCCUAGUCUGAGCCAGUGAGGGGCAGCCUGCUAGGCUGUGGUUCCCAGAAGAGGGAGGCCGGCACCCCAGAGCUAGGAGUUCCAUUUUUCCUUCCUCACCAGACGUCUGUGUGUGCGCACACGCCCUCUGCGUCUAGUUACGCGGAUGAAUUUCCACGUCCCCUCCAGCCCAACCGCCCCAGCUGGGAGGGGCCCUUGAGAAGGAUCAGGGCAGGAGGGAGAAGGGGCUCUUUCCCUCUCAACCUUUUUCCAUGAUGACCCACUCCAAGAUAUUAUGUGUAAAUUGUGUUAUUAUGUAUAUGGGUAAAGAUGUACAAAUAUAUGUCCUCUUUGUAGCAGAUAUGAUUUUAUAUUUAUAAUGUGCAUCAACAUGUGAACGCAGUGUAGGUCGCUGGCACAGAGGCAGGUGCCCGCGGGGCUGCCGCGCCCCCAGCUGGGUGUCAGGACGCCCUGCACCGAGGCGCCGCGGGGGUGCUGCCAGCCGGAGUGUGGCCGCGCCGGGGAGCCAGCACAGCCCUCCAAGCCUCAGUCUCUGUUUCUCUCCUCCCCUUCCUUCCCACCCAUCCCAGGCCUUGCUGGAGCACCUGCCCUUCCCUCCCCCCCCCCCCCCACCGCAGCACACAGAGCCCCCCACCUGUCACCCCAGCAGCCUCGCCUAGAACAGACUGUGGGGGCAGAAGCCCUUUUUGCAAGUAUUUGGUCCCUGCCCCUCCCUCAGAAUCUGCGGAGCGCUUUCGACUUCACACGUUUAGGUCAGCAUGGAAUUCAGGGCAGAAGCUGUGGCUGACCAGUCAGUGCCAAGGCAAAGGCUGCCCCCUUGUCCCUGGGCUGGGGGCUCUUCUCAGAGAGCGACGUUCCAUGUCCCCUGCCGCCGCCAUCGCACCCCACACAGCUCGUGACCCCAUUUGGUUUCUGGUGGUGGGAGGUUGGCCACCACCUGUCACCCUCCUGGAAGCCGAGCAGCAUCCCAGUGGGCACCACCCUCGAGUCUCUUUGCCAAUGGAGCCCGCCUCGCCCCCGCCCACAGCCCGCUGGGAAGGGUCAGGUCCUCCGGAGCUGUUUCUCAGGCGUUCUUUGUCCCCAACCCUCUUCCUCUGCCCGUCGGUGGGCCUCAGUAGUCCCCUCCACACAGCGGGAGGGCUGCAGCCCGCCCUCCCCACACCGACGAGAGACAGACACUUGUGUUCCCAAGUGGUGGUUUUAUUUUUUUAGUUUUCAUGUUUGUAUGGGAAAUUGUGGAUAAAGUGAAAGAACUGUAAAUAAAUAGUGUAUUUCCUCCUCUAUCUGCUGCUUCCUCUCCCGCCAGUUCACAUAACCUACGACCCCUGUGGUCUCCUUUUCUCGAGUUUUUCUUGUUCCUCCUGGUAAGUAUGGGGCCAGGUUUCAGUCGGGCAAACAGGGCCUCAACCAGAGGAUGCCAGCGGCCAGUCCGUGCGACGCCUGCUCGGCGAAGUGCGGGCCAGGGUCCCUCACCACUGACAGAGACGGCCUUGUGCGCCCUGCUGGAGAUGAGCGCUUGGCACGGGCCAUUUCCUUAGCGCGAAACAAACUUCUUCCUACUUCAUUUUUCAAAGGGCUCAUUUCUAAAGUUCUUUAAUUUAUUAAUUUAUUUGAAAGACAGACACAGCAAUCUCUCAUCCUCCGAGUCACUCCGCAACUGCCCACAAUAACCCCAGACUGGGCCAGGCCAAAGCCAGGAGCCAGGAACUCAAUCCGGGUCCUCCAUGUGCGUGGCAGGGACCCAACCACUAGAGCCAUCCCUGCUGCCUCCCAGGAAGCACGUGAGGAGGAAGCUGAAGUCGAGUGGAGCUGAGCCUCUAACCCGGGCACUCGGGCGGGCUGCAGGUGUCCCGAACAGUAUCCCAUCCGCUGUGCCAGACGCCUGCUCCCCCUGAGGCUCAUUUAGGAGAGUUUCUUGGUUUCAGUUGUUAGGACCCAAAUAAGGGUUAAAUUCAGUCACGUGUCAGAAACCAAAAAUAACAAUGGCUUACACUGAUGAUGCUCAGAAGUGGAAAACCUAGGGCUGACGUGCUGAUGUGAUUCACACAGCCCUUGGGAGCCUGGCCGCCUGCCCCGGCAUCCUUCCUCAGUCUUCGUGAUCAGGAUGGUAACUCCAGCUGCUUUUAUACCCACUUUCCCAGCAACAGGAUGGCUUAAAGAGGGGACCAAGAAGAAGGGGCAAAUGCACCACCAGUGAUUUUUUAAAAGAUUUAUUUGAAAGUUACAGAGAGAGAGAGACAGAGAGGUCUUCCAUCCCCUGGUUCACUCCCCAAAUGGCUGCAACACUAGAGCCAGGAGCUUCUUCCAGGUCUCCCACAUGGAUGCAGGAGACCAAGGGCUUGGGCCAUCUUCCACUGCUUUCCCAGGCACAUUCGCAAGAGAGCUGGGUGGGAAGUGGAACAGCCAGGACUCGAACUGGCACCCCUAUGGCAUUCCAGCAUCGCAAGAGGUGGCUUCACCCACUAUGCCACAACACCUGCCUGGAGAGACAGGUUUCCUAUCCACUGGUUCGCUUUCCAAAUCCCCACAACAGCCAGGAUUGUGCCAGGCUGAAGCCAGGAGUCAGAAACUCCCAUGGGGUUUCCCGUGUGGGUGGCAGGGACCCAAGUACAUGAGCUGUCUGGGCACACUAGCAGCGAGUUGAAACAGAAGCUUGAAGUAGCCGGGACUCGAGCCAGGCAUAUUGAUACGGGAUGCAGACGUCCCAAGCAGCAGCGUAACCCCCUGUGCCUGCAGUGGCUGCCCCACUGCGGUGUUUGAAGGAAGGUGUGAGGACGCCGCCCUGUCGUGUUUCCUCCUGCAAUGCACUGGGCAGUAGUCUCCAGUAGGUCACUGCAGGUUCCAAGGGGAGGUGCAUUCCAGGCAGCCACAUACACCACAUACGCCCGGCUGAAAAUGAGGGUUCUGUUACUGUGGGGGAAGAGGAAAACAGACGCGAGGGGGUGGGGAGCAGUGUUUCCAGUUGAAAUCUGGGAAGACUGAACUUUCCUGGGGAAAGCUGACUUUGAAAUGCAAGUGACUAUUUGCAGGCGACAUUGUAACUUAACCUUUGCCUUGAAACAUGGACAUUAUUUCUACUUAACAUUAUCCGAGGCCACUAACUCCCUGAGGCUGAAAGUAACAUGAGCUAGUCUUCAUUAGCAAAUUCGGCUUUGAAGUCGAGCGUUUUCUGAAAUAGCGUUUGCUCACGACUGGACAGUUGAUGAAAUCUUUGAAACUAACUCCGGCAUAGACUGGCCUGCACUGUGUCUGAUAUUUAUGCAAUCGCAAUGUCUAAAGUUGUGCUUUAAUAGGCCUGACCUCUGUUUUCAUUCAUCUGUGAAAAGAGUGGGCACUGAUGUUCGAAUUGUAACCUCUUCUGCUGCUCCAGGCAACAGCCUCUGGGCUGUGCAUGUGUGAAGCUUUGAGGAUCGGGGCAGGAACAGAGCCCCAGAAACUGAGCCCCUCAUACCUCUCUCAGGACUUUGGGAAGCCGCCUACACACCCAGGUGAUGACUUCAGGUCAUGAUGAAAAAGAUGAGCUCCACGCCGAAGCACAGAGCACAGAGUCCAUUGCCGUGAGCCCACACCCCGAGGAAGCCCACCCCCCUUAUUUCAGCAAAAGCUGAGUAAGAAAUCUUGAA